AGACUGACUGAGGCCUUGUGCAUGAACUAGUUCGACGUCUCCAUACGAUUCGUUCGCAUGUCUGUGCGGUUCAUUUCGUCUCCGUCGAUCGAACUAGAGUAACUCAUCUAGAGGAGACAUGAGCUCGACGGAGUUGGAUCCAGUGAAAUGGAAGAUACGCAAGGUUCACAAGGAUAAGAGUGCUUUCAUAGCGGAUUUCGACUGCGGUCAGCUCGUGUCUAAGGCUGGAAUCGCGCUUGAGUUGUACCACAGUAAAAGCAAGAAACAGGUCUUCGCGAAGGCCUCCAAUGGCAAGAUGGUACUCUCCGGGCAAGCCUCCAUGGGAGAUACGAGAACCUACUUAGCAGUAGAAGAUAUGGAGACAGGCGAAGUCGAACUCGUACCAGCGCACAGACUCGCCAUGAAACGCUGCAUUGAACAGACGAGCUCGACAAAGCUCGAUAAGAGUUACGCCGAGAGAUACGAAGACUUCACCAAGAAUUUCGGGACGAAGAAGCUUCAAAACAUCAUCAAAACUCGGGAGCGCUUACAAGUGUCUCAAGUCAACGCCAAGCUGGUUGCCUCAGAGACUUUGAACGAGACGGUCGUCUCGGAAAGAGUUGAGGGCACGUCGUUCGUUGACGAAACCGUCGAAUUUCCGCGACGAAACACCGAAUUCAGUUCGGUCAAAAAUGUAUACAGCCUAUAUGAAGUGUUCUGCCGCGUUGACUACGAAUGCUUCGACAAUUAUGCCUCAACGAAUUGGGCCUUCGAAGUCGUGAACAAAGACAAGCUCGUCGAGUGGGCCGCGAACGAUACCUACUCGAAAUAUGUUCUACAGCGUCUGGGGCAGGUAUCGAGAGACGAAACGCUGCGGAAGAUGCAGCUGAGGUGUUUAGCAGCCUAUGAUAUAUUCACCUACAUCUACAAAUUGAAAGUGAAGGAGCUCCGCGCGCGGGAUCCGAUGCCACGCGUUGAAGAUCCCUACAAAACCCAGAUAAUGGAUGUUUUCUCCCGAGUCAUCAUGGAUGGGAAAGGUCGAGGUCUUCGAACGAUAUCUCUCAAAGCGAAGGAUAAAAUUAUAGCUCACUGCUUGUUGGUUCAACUGUACCUAGAGGAUUUUAGGGUAGACAUGACUCUACUACAGAACGAUAUCAAAGCUCCGACGACUCGUAUCAACAACGUCGCUUGGAUGCUUGGCUGCCACGUUAUACAGGGUAGAUCACCCUCGGGCAUCACAACGAGAACCAUCGUCUUGAAACUACCACUUUAUGAACACAAGGGUGACGGUCGGAACCGAUCUAGGAAAGGAAAAUAAAUUGUACAUGCC